AUGGAUUUCAAGCAAAAUGCCAAAGAUUCUGAGAGGGAGACAACCACUGAAAUUAUAUCACUUGGAUCAACAAACCGCCACAGCCAUGAAUCGCAGCCAGACAAUGUCCAGAGUCCGAGUGUUGGUCAGCGUGGCCGGAUUUCACCAGCAGUCCCAGCUCCUGGAAUGUUGUUCCCACUUGCUGCUACGGCGGCUAUCACUGCCAACGCUGCACAAGAGCUGGUGGAACUAAUUACUCACGUCGAUGAACCCUUAAUCCCUCUGUUCCUCGACCAAGCUGACUACGAUAUCCGAGUCGCUGCGAUAUUGUAUCUUCAAGCACGAAUAGAUAGGCUUAUUUCGUCCGAGUCAGGAGCUCAGGCUCGGGUUUCCACUGAAGAUGUGCGGCUUGAUGUAUCUAACCAAGAUCAUACUACAGUCGACGAUUCCCUCACUACCUCGGAGCAUGCAGCACAAGAAGACCUGGCCUACUAUCGAAGUGAUUACAUCUUGCCAGCUCUCAAAUACAACCCAAACGCGCCAGGCAAAGCAGUUCGCUGCCCAAGCCUAGCUAGGCUAGAAAAGAACGAAGACAAGCAUGAAAUGUCUGUGUUAGAAACUACCUCCGCUGUGCAGGAAUUGAGCGCUGAUUCUCAGACAGUUGACAAACGGCCAAGGCGAUCGAGCAACCUACGGCAACACGUCAGGACAGCUCUAGCACGUCGGAUUCGGAGAGACGCAGAAGAGCGUACUCGCAGGGUGCAGCAGGUGACAGCCGAGAGCUCGGCUUUCACGACCACUCUGCCUCGGUCAGGACGCCAUUCCCCGUCAGCUCCUGCGACUUCCAGCAAUGCAGGAGCUUCUAACCUGAAGAGAUUGCAAUAG